AUGUGCUUUGAGGCAAGUGAAGCAGCCCCAUCAGAGCGCGAAGACAUCCUUACGGGAGUCAGUGGCUACUGCGAGGCCGGACAGGUGCUCUUCCUGGACCUGCAGACCAGUCGGAACACCCGAGUCGGUGGAGACAUCUUCUGUGGAAUUUCCGGUGGUCAGAAGAGGUGUUUGGCUUUGGGAGAGCAGCUGCUGGCCAACCUCCUAGUACUUUUCCUUGGCGAGCCCACCCCGGCAUUGGAUGCGACCUCCGGCUUCCAGAUCGCCAAGCUUAUACCGGACCUCGCUGAAAAGAAGGGCAUGACCAUCAUCUGCAACAUUCACCAGCUCAGUGAGUUCGUCUUAGCCUGUGCCGGCAACCUGUUGCUGGCCAGCCGCGGCAGGCAGGCCGACCUCGGCAAGCUCGAUGCCGUGCUAGGCCACUUCGAGGGCUUUUUGGAGCUGGAGAACGAGCCUGGGAUCGCUGUGGCGGAGUGGAUCACGGAGUGCCUGUCCAAGGAUACCGGUGAAGAGAAAGCCGUCGCGGCUUGCUUGGAGGCCUGGGAGCAAGCACCCGGAUAUGCAUCCGCCCUGCCCACUGGCACUUUGCCAUUGCGCUGCAGGGACCUAGUUGUGCCGUCCUUGGUUUUCACAGCCCGCGCCCUGUUAAACACAUUGCGAAACCCAAUGGUGAUCUGGCUGCACUACGGGAUGUACAAUAUAGCACUGAGCGUUUUGAUCGGGUGGAAGAGUGGCGAAGUCUUGACUGCUGGUGAGGUGACGGACGCUUGGGGUGUGCUCUUCUUCGUGCCCGCGUUCAUGGCCGUGCUGAGCAUUUCCGUGCUGCCAGCUUUCUUUGGGGACUCUACAAUUCCCCUGAAGGGACGGGCGAGUGCCAGCUACGACAUCCUCAGCUGCAGCAUCAGUGCUUUUCCAGCUAGCACGCCCUUAACCUUCCUACUUACGGCCAGCUGUGGUCUAACUUGCCACUUUAGUUUGAAUUUCGAAUCCAGUGACGGCAAGCCGCUCUUCUUGGUGUUGGGCAACUUGUUCACCCUCCUUUGCUCUGAGUCCUCCGAGUCCAUCGUCUAUCGAAUGGCUUCCGGAAUCCCCAUCUUCAUCUUGGCAAUCACGUCCGACUCGAGGAAAUUCCGGAAUCUUGGCGCUGGAUUCACCACGUCGGCAUGGAAUUCUAUUCAAUCCGCUCCUUUAUGUACAGCGACUUUACGGGCCGAGUGGUCCUAG